UCUUGACUUUGCGUAUUGUUUGCUAUGCGCGGCCAACUUUGCAACCUAAUGCGACCUAGUGGAGUGGGGUAUUCACGACUGGGCUGCGUUCGAUUCUAUGUUCCAGAAACGAAUUUAAAAUUUGUAUUCGGUUUCGAUUUUUCGGUCCAAUAUUCUCGUCUCUUUGUUUGGUGUCACUUUGCGCCGACUUGCAUUGACACUUUGACAGAUCAAAUUUGAAGUUUGAAAGUUCGAAGAUUGCCGUGGAGUAGAAGAGGGCGUCCAUAUAUAGGUGCCUGCAGCAGCGACGAUCGCAAGUCGUUUUCUUCCCUUUCCCGCGGGUUGGCUGGAGACGUUGGCUGCCAUCUUGGAUUUCGUUGUUCAUCUUUUCGUGUGACACUGAAAACAUAAUCAUAACCAUGAAUUUGUAAUCAUUAUUUUGUGUUUGAUGGGCUUACAUUUUUUUAAAUCAAGCUAUUCCAUUGUUUGAGGCCAUACUUGAACACUAAAAUACUCAUUGCAACUAUAAGAAUACGUGAUUUUAUAUCUAUGUUUUCAAUAUGUGACAGUUUAUUAAGUGACAAAAACAUACUUCGUUGAGUUAACAAUCCAUUAUCUAAGGAUUCCUAUAAAUAUCUUCACUGUAGUACUGAGCCGAAAUGACGUAUGGAGUCUAAAAAAAAGUUCAAUAAAAACAGGUAUUGGAAGAGAAAAUACCAACCACGAAAUGCUUCGACAAGUACUACUGUGAAAAAGCCAGUACCAAACAAAGAUGAAGGCUCUAAUCAGAGUGAAGAUUCUGAAGAAUACGUCUUAAAACAACGAUUACCUGAAAAUGGGUGGUUUCCAGAUUUUGAUUCAUCAUCCUCAUCGAGCGAUGUUGAAUCCUUAACCACAGUAUCAAGUUCUGUGUCAAUAUCGGAUGCCAAGAAGAAGAUCACCAAGGAAACAAAGUCUGAUGAGAAUUGGUUUGACAGAGAACUUGAUAAUGUACAAUUCAAUUCCAACGUACCUGAUACAAAACAAUGCAAAAGUAUAAAAGAAAGUGAAAUUAAGCUCAAAUUGUCUUCCUCAGAUAGUAUUGAAAAGGAACAUAGAAACUCAAGCUAUAAAUUGAAAAGUGAAAUCAUAAAGAAAAGUUUGCAAGAAGCAAAAAAGGAUUCUAAGAAAACUAGUGAUAAUGAAGAAGACGAACUAGAAUUUUUGUUGUCGCUCACUGAACCUGUCCAUACUGGUCCAAUCAUUUUAAAGAAUAAUCUUGAAAAUGAGAGAAGACUUGCUCUUACAAACAAUAGCAGUGCUAACGAUAAACCAGUCAAAUCUAUAGACUUAGAGAAGUGGCUGGAUUCUGUUCUUGAUGAUUGAUACAUCAGCUGUGCUGGCGUGAAUAAAAAAAUGGAAUAUUCUCUUUUGAUUUUGCAAACGUGUCUUCACUAAAUCCAUUGGAUGCAUUAUGCACACCUCUACAAAACCAGCAGAUCCACCAGAUCCAAUUUGUAUAACAGCUUCUUUUGUCCAACUCCGCUUCUUUGGAGCUAUUGUCCCUUGAUUGGCCAUAAUUGUUGAAAAUAUCUACUUUAAAUAAUGUAAAAAUCAAAGCUCUGAUCACAAUUCUUGUAGUCCUGUUAAAUGAUGUUUCGUCAAUUAUUAAAUGCAUUGACCAUAUGUCUUUUGUAAUAUAUACACAUUUAUAGAAAUCCUAUUCAAAAAUAAUCCAUAUCAAGAAUACUUUCUAUUUAUAAACUUUGUAUAUGCUUCUAAUAGAACUUGACCAUAUUUUUGAGGUAGAUUUGAAGGUUGAAGCAAACGGUUUCUGGAAUCUGUAAUAGAAAGAUAUAUUUUGUAAUUUGUUGUUUUAUUGUAAUAGAAUAUCGUAUAUCAAUACAGAGUUAAAUAUAUCUAACAAAAA